GAUUAUAACCUUAAAUUAUUAAGCACAAAAAUAUCAAAAAAGUUUUUUAGAACUUCCUAGUUUGGUUUCAAUAUAAUCGUUAAAAACUUGAACAAUAUAUCGGUAAAAAUUAAACGUUGUCCUUGUAUAGUUAAAAUAUUAGAAAAUUAACAUGUUGGGAUUAAUCAACGAUAGUGCAGCAUUUACAAACUCAAUAAAGAAUUCUAAUUUAUCCGUCGUGCACUUUUUCGCCGAAUGGGCUGAACAAUGUACUCAAGUGAAUGAUGUUUUGGAGGCCCUUUCCAAACAAUCUGAAUUCAGUAAUGUUAAGUUCCUGUCUUGCCCAGCUGAAACAUUUUCAGAUAUCGCACUAAAAUAUAAAAUUGAUGCGGUACCCACGAUAAUUCUGUUCAAAUCCGCCAGUGAAGUGUCGCGGAUCAACGGAGCGGAUGCUGCUAAAAUUACAAACGUCAUUAAGCAGUAUGUCACUGAUGGCAGUGGUGAUAGUGCAAAAACUGAUUCUUUAAAUGAUCGAUUGGCAGCCUUAAUCAACAAAUCCAAAGUUAUGUUGUUUAUGAAAGGAGACCGGAACACUCCCAGAUGUGGAUUUAGUCGACAAAUCAUUGAAAUACUAAAUAAAACAGGGGUUGAAUAUGAGACGUUUGAUAUUUUGACUGAUGAAGAGGUGAGACAAGGAUUGAAAACAUACUCGGAUUGGCCCACAUACCCACAACUUUAUGUAAAAGGCGAUUUAAUUGGUGGUCUGGAUAUUGUCAAGGAAAUGGUAGCUUCUGGACAGUUUGAAGAUGCAUUAAAUGCUUGAUUUUCUUCCUUAGUGUUAAUUAUAAUGGCAGAAGUUGAAGCAUUUUCAUUUCAUAUGUACCAUGUUUGUCUCAAAUUAUAAAUAAAGUUUUGAUUGAUCA